UCGGUCAUCCAAUCGAGCCUAGUUUCUCAGUGGCGGAGCCGUCAUCUCUGGGACACCUUUAAGCAGGCAAGGCCCCUCAGCUCGCGGCCGUCUUGGGUGUUCCUGAUAAUGGAAUUUCUGGGGUUCUAAAGUCCAUCUGCGUCGGCCAAUCCGUUACCGAGCGGCUUCGUUGGGAAAUCCUGAGAGAACAAGCAACCCAGAACUGCACCGGCGACACCCGUUUCUCUCAUAAAAUCUCGCUUCUGUUUGCUCGGCUAGCAAUUAGUCGGUAGCACGAACCCACGACAAACAGCCUUUCGGCAUUUAUUGUGAUCUUGAAGAUAAUUUCAAAGUACGAUCGCGGAGGGGUCGGGAACUGCGAAUUCUAUUAAUAAAUGCUAUGAUUUUUGGGUUCUUACGCAUCUUGAUAGAAAAUUCUUCACGAUAGAAUAUCGUCAUCAUGGCCUCUGUCGCAUCUGCUUCCCCAUCUUCAAGGCACAGCUUUCCUAUGGAAUCCGGCGACGACUCCGACUCCUGGCAAUAUGUAGAGUCGAACCCGGCAUCAGUCGGUUUCAUGCCUAGUCCAGCGAGCUCAAGUAUGCAUAGCUGGGGAAUAGUUGGGUACCCUAAUCAGAUGCAAGCCUCACCCGUUGCCAUGUCUCCCUUACAGUUGGACCACGAUCAGGCUCGCGCGGUGCCCCCUACUUCAUAUCCAGAUAGCGCGGCAGGAACCUCCAUGAUGGCUUCCGCAGGAAUGGACGGCCAAUUAAUGCCGGCCUUCGACGAACAUCAAUUCAUUGCCGGCCAAGAGAUGAUAUUCAACGAGCAGUUGACUGACAUGGAUAUGACGCAAUAUUACUCUACAUUUCAGGGCAGUAUGACCGCUGCCGACAUGUCAGGAUUAGAAGGGUUCGACGUAGUUCCUCAGCCAGUCGACCUUGGCAUCCCGCAACAAUUCCGAAACGACAAUAAUGUCCCGCCAUGGGCGCCGAUGAACUUGAAAAACGAAGACUUUGCUUCAGGAGUAAUAGACGAAACGAACAGCUUCACAUCCCAGUCUCCUAGACAGGUCUCACCAACACAUAGCUCUCACCACUCGAGCCCGAGAUCACCGUACGUGAAGUCGGAAACCGGUAAGGGCGCGAGUCCUAUACGGAAGGUUAGAAAUGGUUACAAGGUCGAGAAGAAGAAGUCGGAAUCGUCAAGCAAGUUUGUCAUCAUGACUCCAAACCUCAUCAACCAACAGUCAGGGAAACCCAAUUUAUUCGAGUGUUUCGACACGAUGAGAACUACACAGAGAGGAAGGAAAGGGCCAUUAGCACAUGAUACCAAGGAGAGUGCUCUACAAGUCCGGAGACUGGGGGCAUGUUUCUGCUGCCACAGUCGCAAAGUUAAGUGUGAUAAGGAGCGGCCGUGUAAGAACUGCAAGAAGCUCUCUACCCAAGUACCCCAGAUCAUGUGUUGGCAAUUCGGCGAUUUCUUGCCGGUGUUGUUUCCUGACUUCAUCCGGAACCACUUCAAGAAGGACCAGAUGACUAGCUUUAUAAGCGACCAUGUUGAAAACUUCAAGCCCAACGGCUCGGAGCUCACGUGCACGGUCGAGCUAUUCUCAGGUGCGCGGUUCGGGUCCACAUUGACCAUUCCCGCCAGCUUCUUCACGCCCAAGUCCGCAGAGAUCCUCCAGCAUUGGCACAUGAAUAUGGGCAUGAACCAGAUGGACCUACAGUCUCGUGGCGCUGCUCCCAUAGGUAUCGACCCCGAGAAUUCGGCUCAGAGGGAAGAGCUUAAGAGGAGGGCCCGGGAGUAUGUCCAUAAUCUCAGCUCGGAUCCUAUGUACGCCGAGCAGGUCACAGAUGCAAUCCGGUGUACCCAGUUACCAAAGAAGGUCUUGACGAUCAUUCAACGUUACGCACAACGCUCCGAGUCCACCCAAUCGUCCAUGGUCAAACGUGCGUUAUCUAUCUACGUCAUGCACUACGUGCUCACGCGGCAACUCUGUCUCACGCAGCCUACUCUCGAGAGCCUCAAGGGUACCAACAUGGUACCUCAUAACAACAUGUUCCUCACGGCGCGCGUGCUCAACCGACAGAUCAAGGCCGUACUAGACGAGAUGCUCCUACGCGAGAUGCAGCUCCUCUUCGACGGUUUCUCCAAAUCGCUCAAGCCGAAGCUGCGGCGCGAGUGGGGCCCCUGCCUAGCCGCGUUCCUGGUCCUGUGUCUGUUCAUGGAGACGGUGGAGACGGCGGCGGACACGUUUGUCAUCUCGCAGAACGAGAUCGCGAUCCGCAACCGCAGCAAGCCAGAGUACAAGCGCGACUUCGCGCUUUCGCUGUGCCGCGAGAUCGAUAACAUGCCAUUCAAGCAGUUCGCGUACCAGUUCCAUCAGAUAUACCAGACGCACACGCGCGACACUGGAGCUAAGGCGUUUAACCCCCUCGUCGAUGGGAACUUGUCGCAGAUCGCAGAGCUGGACGAUGCGUCGGCGGAGAUGGUAAGGAGUUUGAAGGAGUUAUUGCAGGGUGAUAGUUGGCACGAGCUUGACUUCCUCGUCGCAGACCCCAUCCUACCUAACCAGGAGGGUCACCCAUUCCCCCGCGACGUGUCGCUGAACUACACGGGCCGCCUCGUGGCAAGAUUCCUGCUGUCGUUUACCGACGAGAGAUACCUGUUUGACGGACAAUACUAAACCUGAUUUAUUUUUACUAUUACCUACCAUCUAGGCCAUUUCGGGAUAUGAAAUGUAUUCUAUAUACCUAUAUAUAUCAUCUUAGAUGUGUAUGAUAUACGACGGGGACGGGUUGGGAGUCUAUGUGUUUGAAUACCCCCGGGACGAGUUCAUGUUGGGAACGGUUUUACCUACAGCUAUAUUAUGUAUACA